CUUAACCUUGUCUGACUCAAGUCUGACUGCCUCACGCCUGGCCUCGCACUCUCAUCUACGCACGCCAGGCUUGUAUCAAUAAAUUAUGUCCAGCGCCGACAACAGCUCGAUCAUCGGAGCCGACAGCGACGACGACUUCGACUGGGAAGAGGUCGCUGUGCCGCAGGCGGAACAGCCCGCGGUGUCUCUGGCGGCCGACAAUGAUGUUCAGGAAGGCUCGUCACGUAACUCGCACAUUGAGAUCACAAUACAUACAGAACGGCGGGGCAAGAAAGGGGCAAAGAAGGACCCGCGCGCUGCACAGCUGUACGCUGAGCGGCUCGCUCGCCUUACAUGUCAUCAAGUACACACAGUCUGCUUACUCGCAAACGCGAGGAUUCGCAACAAGUGGAUCAACGACCGCCUUCUACACGCUCGUCUUCUCUCUAUCACGCCCCUUCAUUUGCAGAAUGCCUUUACUAUCAUUACCAAGGCUCGCAUCCCGGACGACGCAGAGCGCGGCCAUCGCUUUGAGUCUGCCGUCACUCGUCUUACUGAGUGGUGGUCAGACAGUUUCCGCGUCGAAUCUACAGGUCACAUUCGAAAUCGGACAUUCGAUCAGGUGCAAAAGUUGAUCAACCGGGACCCGAAGGGUAAGGGCAAAGCUCAGGCGGAAGAUAUUGUCGACGAUGACGACGGCGAGGUUAUCCGGAGCGAGAAGAGUCUCAUGAAGCAUGCCCUGAUGAUGCGAGGCUCCCGGGAUACCAGCGCACAGUUAUUCACAGCGUUGUGCAGGGCGCUCGGUAUACCCGCACGACUGGUCGCGAGUCUGCAAAGUGUGCCGUGGCAGGCCGGUGUCGGCAAGCCAAAGACCCCAGCCACGAAAAAGAAGAAGAAAUUCGACGGGAAGGACGUGGGUGCACCCACCAACGUUAGUAAGGGGAAGGAAAAGGCAGUGCCGGACAAUGAGGACGAAGAUGACAUGGACAUGGAAGAGGUUGAGAUACCGAUUACGCCGAAAGCAAAGGUCGCAGAGGCCUCUUUCCCGGGGUCUGGACAGCGAAUGGAUGGUGGUUCAUCUACGCCAGUCAAUGGUGACGCCAAAGGCAAGCAGAAAGCACCUCCCGUCAUCAAGCUACGGCAAAGCAGAGGUCGUAAGCUAGGCUCUGAGCCUGCUGUAGCUCGUCCCCCACCGCGAGAACGCACACCUGACCCAACUACUACGCCGCCAGUGUUGUGGACGGAGGUCUUUUCCCGUGCGGACGCACGUUGGAUUCCCAUCGAUCCUAUCCGGUGCCUAAUAAACAAGCGCAAAGUUUUCGAUCCUACGCCGAACCCUAAUGCUGCGGUGAAGCCAGACCGACAUCGUCCGGUAAGAGUCGAGAACCGGAUGGUGUACGUGGUCGCGUUCGAGGAGGAUAGUUUCGGUAGAGAUGUUACGCCGCGAUACGCGAGGGAGUAUGGUGCGAAAGUCGCGAAGGUUCAGCAGGGAGGGAGAGGUCGGAAGGAGUGGUGGGAGAGGAUUAUAGCAAUGGUCAAGCGGCCAUAUCAGUUGCACAGAGACGAUCUCGAGGACGAAGAGUUGCAGACAAAUCAACUUACGGAAGGCAUGCCGACCUCUAUGGCGGGGUUCAAGGACCAUCCAUUAUAUGUUCUGGAACGGCACCUCAAGAGAGACGAGAUGAUUUAUCCUCUCGCAGAGCUUGGAAAGUUCCGCGGCGAGCCUGUAUACUCGCGCUCAUCCGUGCUCCAGUUGAAAGCCGCCGAGAACUGGAUGCGUCAGGGCCGUAAGGUCAAGGAAGGUGCACAGCCAAUGAAGUGGGUGAAGCAGCGUGCGAUGACUGUCAACAAGCAACGCGCCAUCGAGCUUGCCCUGUCAGAGAAGAGGGAUCGAGAUCUUCAGAAUGCUAGGGAGAACACGGAGGGCUUCGCCAGCGAAGAUGGUGUCAUGCAGGGUCUCUAUGCUGAGCACCAGACAGAGUUAUACAGACCCGAUCCUAUUAUUGAUGGACGAGUCCCAAAGAAUGAUUUCGGGAAUAUUGAUCUAUACGUCCCGACCAUGCUGCCCGCUGGUGCGGUACACAUACCAUACAAGGGGACGGCCAAAAUCGCGCGACAGUUGGGCUUCGACUAUGCGGAAGCGGUGACCGGCUUCGAGUUCAAGAAGCGCAGAGCGUUUCCCGUCAUCACCGGAAUUGUCGUCGCGGCAGAGAAUGAGGGAACCAUACUGGAGGCGUACUGGGAAGCAGAACACGAAGCAGAACAGAAAAGACGUGCUAAGCGGGAAGACCAGGUCAUCAAGAGGUGGACGAAGCUCAUUCAUGGUCUUCGGAUACGACAGCGCCUUCAGGAACAGUACGCGGACGCGGAUCGUCGGGAGAGCUCACCGGUCGGUGCCGCAGACGAGGAUGUCCAACCGCAGGGGGGGUUCCUGACCGGUGCGGAUGAUGUUGUACAACCGUAUACCCUCCCGCGCAAUCUCCAUGAAGUGCCCGCGACGUCUACGACGAUUUCUUUGCAGCUUGCAGCCAGGGCUGAAGUUGCAGAUCAGGCCGAGGCCACCCAGAACGGCAGGCUAGCCACAUUGCCUACCGCUCUCGACGACGUGAUAAGCGAGGACGGCGGCGAUCUCAUGGAAGAAAUUUCGAUCCCUGCUCAAGAGGCGGGAGAAGACGAGCGACAGCAGCUAAAGCCCAAAACGAUGCUGGAGCUCGCCGAAGCAGCGGACAGGAGGCAAGAUUUGAAUGUAGGCCAGCCCCUUGCAUCGUCUUCUGUGUCAUCGGAUCGGACGAUGGGUCAGACUUACGCAAAAGGCGCUCGUGCGACAUCCCACAAUGGUGCGGAGGUCGAGCAGCCGGCUAAGACACGUAUGUCUCGAAAGGCCGAUAAAUCCCGGGGCAAAAAGCGCAGGAAGGCGUCCGAUGACAGUUCAGAGGCGGAGGUAGAGGGAGACGAGGGACCAUCCACGCAGGCCUCUCCGGCGAAACGCGCCAGAAAAGCCGCCCCGCCGAUACCCGCCCCGACGAGGGUCUUGCGCACGCGGACGACGAAGAGUGCGGCGAAGAUCCAGGAAGAGAAGGAGACGGAAGAAGCGUAUAGAAGGGCUGUCGCGGAAUGAUGUGCGUGUCGUUAUGGUGUACAAAGUUUUGACGUCAACAUGCAACCAUACC